UUUAUUUCCUACGCAAAAUCGACAAGGUUAUUAGUUGUGUGACGAAAUCGACCCCGGAAGAUCUUUUAUCUACGUAGAAACGACCAGUUACGUAAAACUUGUUUUGUCUUUCGCGCGACUUACCGCACACAUACUACCUUUAAUAAAUUUCUUACCAACGCAACAUUUUGCGGUAUUACAAUUUUCGAACAUAAUCCAAUUUUAUCGAUCUUCUUCGUUAUCACUCGUUCUUCUUACGCAGCAAGCCUAAUGGAUUAAAAAAAAACACUUGUUAAGAGAAAUUUACAUGCGCUAUAAAAUCGUGCGAGAACGUCAUUGCUCAAUUUAUACACACUUUGCAUACAUUAUAACUUCAUGUGCAUGAUCCACUUAUCGUGGAUUCUCUUGUCGAAAGAGAAUAUCGUAUUGUGGAAGAGAACUUAUAUUUUCGUGUGGUGAAGACUACGUGUCUGUUAUUCAAUUCUUUUUAGAGAAACGAGAAAAAAAUUGAGGCCUUAAACAGAUGCAAAUUGUACUGGUUUCCUUUUUGCGCAGUAAAUAUUCAACGAUUAUCAACGAAUGGUUACUGUUCCAGGAAAAAUUGUGGGUGGUGUGGUUGGUGCUGUUACUGACAACAGCCAUUCUAACGGAAGCGGCAGUACCAGACCCACCGGAAGCCAUCACAACCGUAGGUUCUUUGAAAUUGGCAACUGCCGCUGACUGCAAUGGCGUUGUCGCCUUUUCUGCCACUCAAGCUUCUGUCGACCAUGCCAAAGUCGUUCUCGCGGAGACACUGGUCGACAAAGGCGUGGGUUACGUGGCCCAGACGGGAACCUUCAUCGCCCACUGUCCAGGACUUUACCAAUUCAGCUUCGCCGGUUAUGGUAGCACGGAUCUGCGACUCACGUUGAAAAGAAAACUGAGUAAUACCGACAGCUGGAGACCGGUGGUCAGCGCCGGUCCAGGAGGCGGUGCGAAUUUGGUCAUUCUUGACGUCGACGCCGGAGACCAACUCGCCGUUUUCGUGGAUUCUGGAAAGAUCGCGGACAGCGCCACUUUUUCUGGCUAUCGAAUCGCCAAAAAGUAGAUUCUUUGGAAACAGAAGACGAUUAACCUGGAGACUGAUCAGGAACAUAUAUUUUCUCUAUGAUUGGUAAAAUUGAUGGUUACCAUAUUGGAGUUCCUGAUUUUGGAAAUGACAGAGCUAUCUUCUCCACGAACUAACGCUCUGUGAUAGCCCUUCUAGUACCUUGCAACUUCAUUGGUCAAUACUUUGAUAGUUGGUGGAUCAGUGAAGUUGUGAGAUGUGAAAUUAUGAUUGGUUUAUCUUUUCUGUCCAACUUGUAUCUUUAAUACUC